AUGGAUGCCAAAGACGUAUCGGAGAGCGCCGUGUUCAUCUCGUUCAUGAACCAGAUCCAAGAUGCUGCGGCAAAGGCGAUCGAGAGAAAGGGCGAGCUGCCAACAGAUCACCUUUCUCAGAAGCAGACCUUGAUCACCACUACCCAGAUUCCCCGUGCCUAUCCUCCUUGCGUCGUCUCUGCUCAGGAUCUCGAUCCAAUCAAGAUCACAGAGAUGAGACUUGAGACUCACCAUCGCGGGAAGAAGAUCACCAUGCGUGUGCUCACCCAGCCUGAUCGGCUUCUAGGUAUCGUCGCCAUCGCAGAGGAUGAGCAUGGAACGGCGGUGCUGCUCCAGCUCUACCAGCAGCCCGGUGAAGACCUAGUCCCCCAGACCGAGAUCCUUUCUCCUGGCAAGAUCUGCAUCAUCAAGGAGCCUUACUUCAAGCAGACUACACGAGGUCCCUACUCUGUCAGAGUUGAUCACCUUGGCGACAUCAUCUGGCUGAACUAUGGGGAUGAACGCAUUCCCUCGCGCUGGCAGAAGUCUGCUGCCGCUUUGAACACUGACAGUACGGAAGUUCGCACACAGGGCAACCAUGCUGUGCAGAAUGAGAACUGGGCAGUGGCACAGCGACUGUACACGACUGCCAUCCGAGUGGCAAAGACACCUGAGGAAGAGCAAAUUGCCUCCCUGAACCGCUCCCUGGCAAACCUCAAGCUCGGCCGAUCCGAGAAGGCGCUGUCGGAUGCCAUCCAGGGUCACGAUCCCGCUGCCCCAACUGACAAGUCUCUAUUCCGCCUUGCUCGAGCUCUGUACGAGCUCAGAGACUUUGCUCAGUGCAAGGUCAAACUCGAACUGCUCACAGAGUCGUACCCAGACAACAAAGCCGUCGGCCUAGAGAUGAAGCGUGUCAAGGCCAGACUCAACGAACAGCAAAAGGGCGAGUACAACUUCAGCCAGAUGUACAAGCAGGCUAAAAUGAACCCUCCCCUCAUCGACUGUGCCGACUUCACCUCUCUCGUCGAAGUACGCACAUCUCCCGGCCGCGGCCAAGGACUCUUCACCACCAAGGCCGUCUCUGCUGGAGACAUGCUUCUCUGUGAAAAGGCAUUCGCGUACAGCCAUGUCCACGAAAAGGAUGAUUCAACUAAUCUUUUGAUAAACUUGGACACACAGCGAAUGACUAUCGGUGGCCAGGCGACCCUCUUGUCGCAGAUUAUGCAGAAGCUGUACCACAACCCAGAGAUGUCUCGUGCGGUCCUUGAUCUCCACCAUGGGAACUACCAGCCUGUCACGGUCUCGGAGUGCGAUGGAGCUCCUGUCGUUGACGCCUUCCUGGUCGAGAGAAUCAUUGCCCUCAACUCCUUCGCCACUCCCCGAACCAGCCGCGAUUCGUUCGAAAUGUCGAUUGCCGGUAUCAGCGGAGAAACAACCUUUGGAACAUGUGGAAUCUGGCUUCUCGCCUCCAAGCUCAACCAUUCCUGCGUCGACAACUGCCGCCGCUCUUUCAUCGGAGACAUGCAGAUCAUCCGAGCCACCAAGGAUCUCCCCGCCAAUACCGAGCUUCACUUCGUCUAUCGCUCCCCCGAGCCGAUGGAAUCAUACCAAGAUGUUCAGAAGGGUCUUUCCAACUGGGGAUUCAUGUGCAGUUGCGAGCUUUGCCUUGAGAGAAAGGCCACGUGCGAUACAGUCCUUCAGAAGCGUCGGGAGAUCGACCAGGACUUGAAGCGUCUCCUUAGCAACCGCCGAUUUUCCCAAGUCACCAAGGCUCGCCAGUUGCUCAGCAAGCUCGAGCAGACCUACGUCGGAAAGGAACCUGACGCGCCUAAGCUAGAGCUCUCGCAGCACCGCAUCGGCCUAGGUUGUCAUCUCGUGGAGAUGAAGCAGCCAAAGUUGGCCAUCGAAAUGAUUGUCAAGGGUCUCGAAGCGCUGGGGUGUGUCAUCAUUGCGUGCCCUCCCGGCAAGGAGUUCACUCGGCCUAAGCUUGAGGUGAAGAAAUGGGGCAUCACGACUUGCCAUCUGCCAUGGGCUUUCCUUCAGCUCUACCAGGCAUAUGAGAGCAUUGCUCCUGAGCUGUGCCAGGUUGCUCGUGGGUACCUUGAGAUGUCCUAUUGCAUUGCCGUCGGAGAGAAGGAAACAUGCCGGGAGACGGUCCCAGGCUUGUUCUGA